AUGGGAAGCGAAAAGUCAGAAAAGCUCGAAGCCCAGGUAAAGUCUGUGGACAUGAGCGAGGAAAUGCAGCAAGAGGCAAUAGAAGUCGCUACCGAGGCGAUGAGCAAGUUCAACAUCGAGAAGGCAUCACUCCCAUACUCUACAUACUAA